CAGGCUUCCAGCAGGGCAGAGACUCCAGAGCAACAGGACUCACUGCAGAAGAAGAAAUCAGCUGGUAUACGAGCUACUAAGCAAGAAUACGUUGAAGAGGCAGAGGAGCACCACCGGCCUUUGUGCUGCACCUGCACUGACGCCUUCCUGAAGGGGGACUGUUGUGGCUGCUGGCGAUGGCUCAAACAGCAGUUUCACACCUUUAUCACGAACCCUUUCUUUGACCUGGUCAUCAUCAUCUGCAUCAUUGUUAGCACCAUCUUCACAGCCAUGGAACAUUACCCUAUGAUGGAGGAGUUCAUGGAGACCCUGGUCAUCGCUGAGCUGGUCUUCCGUGUGAUCUUUGCAGCUGAGAUGAUCAUCAAACUUGUCGCACUGGGCCUGCAUGGAUACUUCCAGGUGCGCUGGCAUAUCUUCGACUUUAUCCUCGUCAUCAUUUCUCUGGUGCAGCUGGGACUGGCUGACGUUGAGGGUCUAUCUUUGCUGCACAGUUUUCUUCCGGUUAGUAUAACAUCACCAUCACUGUCAUCAUCAUCAUCU